CGUUUGCGAAGAAACCAAUUUCAGAAACUAACCUCUUGGCUACUGUCCUCCAACACAGAAGAAGAAAGUCCACAGUAACCAGGCAACCAAAGAGAAGCUGUAAAACCACGACCGUUUGCUUACUGCUGUCUGGGAAGAAACCACUUUAAAAAGCAAUUCAUCCAACACCAGUCUGCUGUCCAGGAAUUUAGGAAACUGCAUUUCUGUGACAUCUCUCAACAUCGCCACCAUGUUCUGUGCUACUGAAAACAACUCCAAACCAAAGUCCAUGAGUAGAGCCAAAGGAUGGACGGCAGAGGUGGAAAACCUGUUCAGAUUCCAGCAGGCCGGCUACAGAGAUGAAAUGGAGUACAUACAAGUCAAACAAGGGGCCUUGGUUGACAAAUGGCCAGAGACCGGCUUUGUGAAGAAGCUCCAACGUCGAGACAACACAUUUUAUUACUACAGCAGGAAAAGGGAAUGUGAGGACCGUGAUGUCCACAAAGUCAAAGUCUAUACAUAUUAAAGUGUUCUGGACUCCACCCCUUAACGGCAGCCUGUCGACAGGCAUUACAGACACAGAUACAUGCCCUUUAAAGGAAGUGACCUUUGUAUUUAAUUAGAUGAUUGUACACUGCACAUGAGAGCUGCUGUGGAGACACCCAGUAUGUGAUUGUUUCUUUGGGACAGGAAAAUGUUUUUUUCCCACAGUGAACAUGAUUAUUCCACUGUGUGGUUUUGUUAAAGGAAUAAUUUAUCUAAAAGUGUACGUACUCAUAACUGUGUAAAUCUGACUGAAGUUUGUUGCACCAAGUAUCAAGGUUAACCCUAUAAAUUAGACGUUUUUUAAUUCAUUAUAUUUGUUCUGUGGUUGCGGUUGUACUGAACUAGAUGAAUCAAAUCAGUCAUGAUUGAUUGAGAUCAAUGUUAUGGGUUAAGUAAUAUUUCAAUUUUAAUAAAAUCCAUGCAGUUACCAAACAUUUUCUUUUUUUCACUAUAUUAAAGGUAAGCUGCUGUA